GAAUGUCUUUCUCUGUUUUGCAGGACGACGCCAUGAAGCGCCAAGUCCAGCGGCUUCGCGAAGCGUUCCGGUCCGGCCGGUCGCGCCCCCUGAAGUUCCGGCUGCAGCAGCUCCAGGCCCUGCGGAGGAUGGUGGAGGAGCGCGAGAAGGAAUUCCUCGCGGCUCUCGGGGCUGAUCUGUGCAAGAGUGAACUCAAUGCGUUCAGUCAUGAAGUUAUUACCAUCCUUGGAGAAAUUGAUUUUGUGCUGAAGAAUCUUUCUGAAUGGGUUGCUCCUCAACCAGCUAAGAAGACCCUGCUCACCUUGAUGGAUGAGGCCUACGUUCAACCUGAGCCCCUGGGAGUUGUUUUGAUUAUCGGAGCUUGGAACUACCCUCUUGUUCUCACCAUUCAGCCCCUGAUAGGAGCCAUUGCUUCAGGAAAUGCAGUGAUUAUUAAGCCUUCUGAACUAAGUGAAAAUACAGCCAAGGUGUUGGCUAAACUGCUCCCUCAAUAUUUAGACCAGGAUAUGUAUGUUGUUAUUAACGGUGGUGUCCAGGAGACCACAGAACUUCUGAAAGAGCGGUUUGACCACAUUUUCUAUACGGGAAGCACUGCAGUUGGAAAAAUUGUUAUGGAAGCUGCUGCCAAGUAUCUGACCCCUGUGACUCUUGAACUGGGAGGGAAGAGUCCAUGCUAUAUUGAUAAAGACUGUGACCUAGAUGUUACCUGCAGACGAAUAGCUUGGGGGAAGUACAUGAAUUGUGGUCAAACUUGCAUUGCUCCCGACUACAUUCUCUGUGAACCAUCCCUCCAGACUCCAAUUGUGCAGAAGAUUAAGGAAACUGUAAAGGAAUUUUAUGGAGAAAAUGUAAAGGAAUCUCCUGAUUACGAAAGAAUCAUCAAUCUUCGUCAUUUUAAGAGGCUACAAAGUUUGCUUGAAGGACAAAAGAUAGCUUUCGGAGGGGAGACAGAUGAGGCCACACGUUACAUAGCCCCAACAAUACUUACUGAUGUUAAUCCUGAAACCAAGGUGAUGCAAGAAGAAAUUUUUGGACCAAUUCUUCCAAUAGUGACUAUAGAGAAUGCAGAUGAAGCCAUAAAAUUUAUUAAUGACCGUGAAAAGCCCCUGGCUUUCUAUGUAUUUUCACAUAACAAUAAGCUCAUCAAGAGAAUGAUUGAUGAAACGUCCAGUGGUGGAGUCACAGCCAACGAUGUCAUUAUGCAUUUCACACUCAAUUCUUUACCCUUCGGUGGAGUGGGGUCAAGUGGAAUGGGAGCUUAUCAUGGAAAACAUAGUUUUGAUACUUUCUCUCAUCUACGUCCUUGUUUAUUAAAGAGUUUAAGGGGAGAAAGUGCAAACAAACUCAGAUACCCUCCCAACAGCCAGUCAAAGGUGGAUUGGGCAAAAUUUUUCAUCCUGAAACAGUUCAACAAAGGCAAACUUGGUCUCCUGUUCAUCACCUUCCUGGGCAUUGUGAUGGCUGUGUUUGUCAAGAAAUACCAAGCUGUGCUGAAGAGAAAGGCCCUGUUGAUUUUUCUGGCAGUUCACAGAUGUGUUUUCCAGUAAACAGAUGAACAGCAGAUGUCAGAACGCAGUUCUGUCUGCUAAGAGUGAGGCUGGAUACUACUGAAGAACGAUGCUCUUCAACUUCCUACUUUUCUCUACUAGAUUAUUCUUUUAUUUAAUGAAACUUUGCUUUUAAAAUUCUAUCAAGAAUUGUUAGAACCCCGGGGAGGGAGGGGAGAAUUGUUAGAAAAUAUGCAAAUUGCACAAUCAUUAAGUCCAACAGUCAUUGCCAAUCUCUAUUACCAAAUCUUGUCCUUCAGUAAAGUUACAAACAUAGUAAGGAUACUUGAGAAAUCCUUCCUAGACUGUGUUCCCCGGUUUUUAAAUUUUUGGGUUAGGAGAGGACAGACACUCUGUUAAGCUCAACCCAAAAUUCUUGGUGGUGUUCUUGGGGUGUAUAAAGGAAUCUUAAA